UGUACAUAGACACUAUGGACAGUAAGGUGAAUUGCAAGGAACAUGUUCUUAAGGUUAACAACCAUGAGCUUGUUGAUAAUGGACAUACUAGCUACUUCUCUAAAAUGCCCCCUGCAACAGCAGAACAACUGACAAUCGCAAAAGUUUUAUCUAGGCCAGAUAACGAUGUAAAUAUCCGGUGCUACGUUGUUCAGCUUCAAGAGUUAACUGAGUGUACAGAAGACCAAGCAGUCACUGCAUUGUAUGACUGCGAAAACAAUAUUGAGAGAGCAGUUGAGCUAGUUCUAGAUCAGUUCCGCUGUGGUGCGACAGAAGAGUGGCACACAACUGUCAGCAAGCGUGGCAAGACGAGGCACUCCCAGUCGGCACCAGAACCCGGGCCAGAUAUGACAGCACCUCAGAAAAAAGCUCCCAAACCGAAACUAGAAAAACAUGUUGAAAAUCAAGAUAAAUUCUCAGGACAAAACGUUUCGGUUUCACCUCCAGUUAACGUCACCAAAAAUUCAAACUCUCACCCCGAAAAGUUCAAGAAACCAGGCACAAAGAAAAAAAAUCCACAUAGAACAGAUGCAGUCGCUAGUGACCGCGCCUUCAUUCCACCACAAAGUCGUAGUGAUGAUGUGCUGUGUAACAGUUCGAAGCAGUUACCAGAAAGAAAAAGUAGAGUUGAGUCUGAGGCAUGGGAUCCGUACGCUGACUGUGGCGAGUGGGAAGGGGAUUCAAUCGAAAUAGUUAAUUCAAAUGCAUCCAUUGCCAUGGGUCUGCAGGAAGCAGUAUCCUUACCACCAGAACUUUUCCAUGACAGUCCAAGCUGUUCGGAAAAAAACUUAAACGCGGAUUACAAUUCGCACGUUGAUGAUGUUCAAAACCUAACUAAAGAUCCAGAUGCUUUGGACGCAGAAGCAUUGUUUGCGUCAUUUGCCAAAAGUAAACCACCUCCUCGCGCGUUUACUGGGAAGCUAGAGACAUCAUUAUUUUUUGCCCCGGAAUUGUUGCCUAGUGAGCAAUUUAACUGGAAACCGACUUUCGGUGGUGAGUGUCCUGGUUCACAGUUUAAUACCAAUACAACUGCAAUUCUGAGUCCUGGACAGAUUAGCAAUAAUACAGACGAACCACUUCGGUCACAAAAUGACUCUCGAAAUGUCCAAACAUCCACGGACCGACCUGAUUGCAGUCCGAAGCAGUUUUCGUUCCCACAAAUAUCCCAACAAUCACAUUCCAGCGAUUUUGAACUUAAGAACGCGUCAUUAGGCGUUCUCUUAGAUCCUCCACCUAAAACAGAGGAAAAGAUAAGCAGUGUUCCCACUGACUAUCCAUCGCGACACUACGAUGAACAAAUGGUUUCCAAAGUAGCACUUUCAUAUCCGAUAAAUCAUAAUAAACAGACACCCUCCAUGGUUGCCAGAACUACCAGUGAUAAACCCAGCUAUUUGGAGCCAAAUAUUAAGAACUAUCUUUUGGAUGGUCUGCCGGAUAACAUGAACAAAAUGAACGUUGGAGAGGUCACUGGACAAAGCACAAAAGAUCAGUUUUUAAUUCAGAAUAAUGCACAAUCAUCUCUAGCCCCCUUUUCUCAUGGUCAAAAUGAGCAGCACAUGAUUCCUCACUUGAAUAAAAUACCCGCCUCGCAUGCUAGCACCCACGUAUCUGGGCACACACAACAAGUUAACAAUUCUCAGGCGACUCAUCUUCCUCCAGGUAUGCCGCACUUCAUCAGUCAGUUUGCUCCACCUGCUUAUCACAUGUUCAAUUUACCAGGCGGUUCUAGUACAACUCCUGCUAUUUUCGAUCUUGAUCAUUUGCAGCUCUUGCAACAACAGAGGAUGCUUUAUGAUAUGCACUUACAGCACCAGGCUGCCACUACCGCUCAAAGUCUUCUUACAGCGAAUGCAGAUUCCUCAGCAUCAGCAAAACCCGUCAGUCACAAUUUAUCAAAUCCGAUGGGUCAUGUUACUGCUCCAAACACAGGAAUGCGACCGGACAUGCUGACAACUGCACUUGGGCACACUCCACAGAUGAUGACACCUGGACACCCUUACUUUCCUUAUCCCGGUUUUGUCCUCAUGAAUGGUUAUCCAAAUCCAUUUUUAAACCAACAACAACCAAAUUCAGACAAUCCCCAAGUUCAGAAUCCUGGUCAGUGUGCAUCACCAAUUACCCAGCACCAAUCCCAGCUAAACCAAGCUCAAUCUUAUAAUAAUCUCAAACAACUGGGCAAUGGAGUUGGAAACUAUGAAGAUUUGUUAGAUGUCAAGUAUGGUGACCCAUCCAAACAAGUUGGUUUCAAAACCAGCUCAAACCCACCCAACUAUAGUUCAUUUCAAUCUCAAGGAAUGUCGUUAGAUUCUGUCGGUGGAAAGUUAUCUUCUGCCUCUCAUUCCAACAACGGAUCUCUGGUUCAGAACUUUAACCAUGGAAAUAGCAAUUCUCAUGCACAGCACUUUUCACCACAAUUUUACGCAUCUGUGUCGGGUUCGCCAUACAUGAACACAGUUGCUGCCGCUGUAGCUGCAGCAGCUGCUGCUAAACAUGCACCCAAUAACAGCUCUACUGUCAGUACAAAUCAAUCUAAUCCAAAUAUCGGUGUUGCUACCAACCAAUCUGGCGCUGUUACUGGGCAAAACCAAAUACAUUUACCUGGGAACCCGUCUCAAGGAAUGGUCUUGGGUAAUGCAGGUCAAAGUUUACAUCACCAACGUGCUCCAAUUCCACACGCACAACACUGAUUUAAAUGAAUUACUGAUAAAGUUAUUAUAUUGAGCUAGUUGUUGUCUGUCACUGCUUUGGCUAACCUUAAAACAAAGUUGUCCAUAGAGUGGUUUUCUACUCGAUUUCACUUAGGCGGUCGAGACAUUUGCCUUUUAGAUUUUUGGCAUGUGUAAAUAUAUACAAACGUCCUACCAAGAUUAUUACAUUGAGACAUGUUUUCUUCCCAAUUUAUGUUUCUGCGAAAUGCUUGCAUUAGGUUUCCACUUUAACUUCUUUUUCUUACCGAUGUUCACAUCCUCAUACUUUGCAUAUCUCUCAUGAGCUUUCGUUUUUGUAUCCAUUAUACUCGUUCAGCUUGAUCCUAACAAAUCUAAAGCGCUGAUCUAAAAUAAAUUUAUUUGACGUAUCUCUUGGUUUUCUAUUAGAUUUUUAGUCACAUUGCUGAUUGUCGUUAUUGGUUUUCAGGGGACUGCAUAAUGGCAAAAUCUGUUUGCCUAAAAAAUCCACAUGAAUGGCAUCCUUAUGUUUAUCAAUAUGGGUAUUAUGAUCCAGUAACAGUUGGUAGUAUUGAUGGUACAGAUACGACUCCACAUGAUAGAGCAAUUCAACGCGCCUUAACGUCAUCCUAUAGGAGUAAAGACCACGUUUUUAACUGGGAUCCAAAGGUACACAUCAAUGUUUGACUUUGUAAUUGAAAUCGUUGCUUACACUAGUUUAUUUCCUCAAGGUCGAACAAUAUCGAGUAACAGAUACUUCUGUUUUUUCACAACACACUUCAUGUUAGGGAUUGAUUAUCUCUAAAAGUUCUGGUAAUGUGUUGUUUCCAUUUACUAGUAACUUGUGGGUCUUACGGGAACUUGAUGUAAUAGAUCUGGUCAAUGUGACUGGUAAUUUGGAUUUACGAUAUAAAAGGCUGGUAUGUUGUACAUCCGGGUGUUUACUGAUAAUAAAGGGAGAUACCACAGCCAGGACUUCCUACUGAUAGCUUGUAAUCAUCUAGUGCAAUUGAUUACAGUGGUUCUGUGUACGGUCAGUUCGGCUAAUCGCUUUCGCAGCUUAUGAAACGGUCAUUGGGAUCUGUCAGUUUACCGACUUACAUAUCUUCGCGAUUCGGUUGUCACUCAAAUUUCGGAAUUAAUCAAAUUGAUGAAGUGAAUUGUGUGUUCAACGAUGAUGUUUCACUCAAAAUUGGACGUGACAUUACACGAGGUGUAGUUGGGAUAUGGAUCACCAUAUUUUGCGAUAAGAUGUGGAAUCUUUUCCAUUCAAAACACCAAAUACUAUUUGUUUACAUUGAUGAAUUUGGGAAACUGGACUACUUGUAAAAGGUUUGGUAUUAUACACACAGUCAUGUAUUCGUUAUGCGCAGCUCUUAUUUGUGGCUCAGGAAGCUAACGGGACUAUUCCGUAUUCAGAUUUCUCUAGUCUAAAUCACGAUUUGUAAAGUCAUUCAUACCCACUCUUACAAUACGUCGUGUUUAUUCAAAACGUAAUUGCUAGUGGGAAUUGGUAUAGUUUCGUGGGUGCACACUGCUGAGGAGUCCCAUAAUAGGGCGGAACGGCCGUCCAGUGCUUCCAGGUUUUCCAUGGUGGCCUAGCUUCGAUUGACUCUUGAAUUCGACUAUUCUAUUGUAUAUCUUUAAUUUCCACUUAUUGGAAGUACUCGUUUGGCUCUGUAAUGUUGUGACUGGUCGUUAGGGACUCAAGUAUUUUUGAGUGAAUAGUUUAUUCACAUAGACUAGUUGAGUUGUCGAGUUAGCGUUAUUGGCGUACUCGGACAAUACAACGCCUAUUUAUGGUUAGUAAGUUGUAGUAACGGUAUAUAGAAUAUUCUCAAUCAUAAACCAAAAUUCACCACGGAUUAUAGAUCUUAUAGAUCUCUAUUACGAGUGUUUCCUCAUUUGAGUUGCUGGGUUUCGUUAUUUGGUGCCUAUUUUGUAUCGACCUAUUUUUUUAUCUGUUCAGAUUGUUAUACUGAGGAAGGAAUAAUAAUUGUUUGCUAAACCAAACGUAUGAAUGUUAUUGUUGCCGUAAUCAUUACUGUUUACAUCUAACCUCUUCUUUUUUAUUGUUAAUACUGAGGCUACAAUAUUUGUAGGAAGGCUACCCUAUCAUACUUCAAAAAUUUGUUUACAAAAAGCACUGCAUGAACUGUUGAAUAAACACUUAGGAAAUGAUUUAAAUAGUAAAUCUAGAAAAUACUGUCGUAGUCGUUCCCCAUUUUCAUGCGAUGAAAUUUGGCCAAAAAUUCAUCUUGUUCACAACAUUGUUACUGGCUAUCCAUGUGGCUAUGCAUUUGCAUAUUUUUCAUCGGAAUCAGAUGCCGAACGUGUACUGCGUGCUUGGCGUAAUCAAACUACUGUUUCAACGAAAUUAUACUGUGGACUAAAAGAUGAACGACACUGUGGUUUAGAUAUACCUAAUGGUGAUAAGGUAAUUUUAGAACCGUAUUUUGGUGGUACACUGCCUGGUUGGCGACCACGUCGUCUUGGUGGUGGAUUAGGUGGUCGUAAAGAAGCUGGGCAGUUACGAUUUGGCGGAAUCGCUCGGCCUUUUAGACGUCCGUUUACUGCAAAUAAUGCAUCUUUGACAGAAAAGAAGUCAAAGUUUUGCAGAGAUUAAGCUUUAUUCACUUAAAAAAUUAUAAUUGAUUUACACAUAUGGUCAUCGAAGUAUUGAUAUGAAUAUCUAAGUGUUUUCAUUUGUAUUUCUUGGUUGUUAUUUUUUCUUUAAUAAUUUUCUUACAUUCUUAACAUGGUUUUCGAAUUCCAGGGAACCUGUAACUGGUAUUACAUGCAAGGGUCUUAUUGAUAGAAUAGUGAAUGACUUACAAAAUUGAUUUUCUUCAACCUCCUACUACAAAUCGUAUUCAUUUUUCUGUUAAUAUUCUGUAUAUAGGCAUAUUAUUUUAAAACGAAAUUCAUUCUAUUAGGCAACUGCAUUGUUUUCGUAUAUCAGUCCAACAGAGGGCUCACGUCAAUAAUUCAUUCUUGUAAGUAGCUAUCAUCCGAACGAAUCAUAUCGUUGAAUAUUAGCAUUUGUUCAGUGCAUUCCACUCAUUAACCAGACAAUCACCAAACAUAUUUUGACCUGUACUGACAAUCAUCAUGUGCUCAUUAGUGACUAGCUUCAAGAGGUAAUUCAGGAAGUUCUAGUGAGAAGCCGUGACCAGUAGGGCUCAACCGUAUCCGGUGUGAGGCAGUUAUCCGCUGAACAUAAUAGAAGAUGGUCGCCCAAUAUUGUGGAUUGGUUGGAGUUAGACAUUAACCCCGUUGGAUACAGUUCAGUGAUCUAGAGGUUAAGGGAUAGCGCAUGUGAUCGGAGAAUCUUGCUUUUCUCUUUGUGUAUAUUGAAGCCUACUGCUGCUGAGGCUGCUGCUACACUGGUCGUCUUCUCCUGCAUUUGUUGUUGCGUUUGGGAUAGAAGAGCCAGAUCAUCU